GAUCCAUUAGGCAUUGAAGGUAAUUUCAUACCAUUUCCAGUACUUCUCUUUUAUCAGAUUUUAGACAAAAUUGUAAAUUUUAAUAAUAUUUCAGAGGAUGGCCUCACAAUUUUUCAACAGGCUCGGGCAAGUUGGCUUGGGAGUCGCUCUCGUCGGAGGAGUUGUAAAUUCUGCUUUGUACAAUGUUGAUGGAGGACAUAGGGCUGUAAUUUUUGAUAGAUUCACUGGUGUCAAAAACCAAGUUGUAGGCGAGGGUACACACUUUUUUAUCCCUUGGAUUCAAAGGCCAAUUAUUUUUGAUAUCAGAUCCAGGCCUAGGAACAUCCCAACAGUAACAGGCUCAAAAGAUCUCCAGAAUGUCAACAUCACCCUUAGAAUCCUGUUUAGGCCAGUGCCAGAUCAAUUGCCAAAAAUAUAUACGAUCCUCGGUGUAGAUUAUGAUGAAAGAGUCUUACCUUCAAUUACAACAGAAGUUCUCAAAGCCGUUGUGGCUCAGUUUGAUGCUGGUGAACUUAUUACCCAAAGAGAGUUAGUCUCGCAGAAAGUUAGUGAUGAACUGACAGAAAGAGCAGCUCAAUUUGGUGUCAUAUUAGAUGACAUAGCACUUACACAUUUAACCUUUGGAAAAGAAUUCACACAUGCUGUGGAGUUGAAGCAGGUGGCCCAGCAAGAAGCAGAAAGAGCUAGGUUCCUUGUAGAAAAGGCUGAACAACAAAAACAAGCGGCUGUCAUUACUGCUGAGGGUGAUGCCCAGGCAGCCCUUCUCCUUGCGAAGUCUUUCCAGGAUGCUGGUGAAGGUCUGGUGGAGCUUAGAAAAAUUGAGGCAGCUGAAGACAUUGCUUAUCAGCUGUCGAGGUCAAGACAAGUCUCAUAUCUACCCCCAGGGCAGAACGUGCUUCUAAAUCUUCCAACACAGUAAUCCAAUGUUGUGAUGAGAGGACUGUAGUCAAAAGCCACCUAAACUAACUGUACAGAUAGUUUCUCAUUCUGUCAGGUGUCACUGCAGAAGCAUCAACAAAGCAUUUCUUUAUUUCAUUUAGCAUUUUGUUAUUAAAAAUAUAAUGUUUAAAAAUACAUAAACCAUUUGUUACAA